GGGGGGGGCGGGGCCGGAUGCGUGCGGCGCGGCGGGCGCUGUGUGCGGGCUGCGAGCGGCGCAGGAUGAAGGUGCUGGUGGCGGCGGCGGCGCUGAGCGCGGCUUUGCUGCUGCUGCUGCCCGCCACCGCGCGCGCCGACGAGCGGAAGAAGGGGCCCAAGGUCACCGCCAAGGUGUUCUUUGACCUGCGGAUUGGUGAGGAAGAUGUGGGCCGCGUCGUCAUCGGCCUCUUUGGCAAGACGGUGCCCAAGACGGUGGAGAACUUCGUGGCGUUGGCCACUGGAGAGAAAGGAUUCGGCUUCAAGAGCAGCAAGUUCCACCGUGUGAUCAAAGACUUCAUGAUCCAGGGAGGAGACUUCACCCGUGGAGAUGGCACUGGAGGAAAAAGCAUCUAUGGGGAUCGCUUCCCUGAUGAGAACUUCAAGCUGAAGCAUUACGGCCCUGGCUGGGUGAGCAUGGCCAACGCCGGGAAGGACACCAACGGUUCCCAGUUCUUCAUCACCACGGUGAAGACGCCGUGGCUGGACGGCAAGCACGUGGUGUUCGGCAAAGUGCUGGAGGGCAUGGACGUGGUGAGGAAGGUGGAGAACACUAAGACCGACAGCCGGGACAAGCCCCUGAAGGAUGUUGUCAUCGCCGACUGUGGCACCAUCGAGGUGGAGAAGCCAUUUGCCAUUGCCAAAGAGUAAUCCACUGUCUUUGGAAGGCGGCUGCAAGGACCCCAGCUGCAAAGGGCUGUGGGCCUGGGGCUGCCCUGCUCCCACUCUGUGCAUUUCCCCGUCACCUCUAGGGUGGGGGAGCAGCAGCAGAGCCGCUGUGCCCUACAGCCCCGCUGCCCACCUUCCUGCCAGUGGGCGGGUCAGGGCCUGGCUCCUCUUCCUGCCACUUUUGGAACAGGCACAUGCACCAAUAAAUGUGACCAAUCUUUUUUAAA